AUGAAUUGCAAACCACGAAUUCAACGUGAUUUAUUAUUAGCAAUUGGUGGAUGGGAAAAGAAUGGACCAACAAAUAUCGUUGAAAUAUUGGAUAUUAACGAUAAUAAAUGGAAACGUGUAAAAACAUUUGAGGAUGAUCGUCGAGUAGCAUACCAUGAAAGCAUUGUUAUUGAUAAUAAAUUGUACAUUAUUGGUGGUUUCGAAGGAACACAAUAUUUCAAUACAGUACGUUGUUACGAUAGUGAAACAAAGGAAUGGUGUGAAUUAGCUCCAAUGCAUUAUGCACGGUGCUACAUAUCAGCGUGUGAAAUUAACGGUACAAUUAUUGUUGCCGGAGGUUCAGAUGGUAGAUUGAGACUUCGAACUGCCGAAAUAUAUGAUGCGAGCAAAAAUCAAUGGACAAAAAUUCGAAGUAUGAUACAACGACGGUCAGAUGCAGCAGCAUGUGCUAUGGGUGGUAAAAUGUAUGUUGCUGGUGGAUAUACCGGUGAAAUAGUAUUACAAACGGUUGAAAUGUACAUACCGGAAAUGGAUAUCUGGACAGAAAUUGCACAUAUGACCUCACCAAGAUCCGGCUUGGCAUGUGCGGCAAAUACAGAUUUCAUGCUAAUUGCUGGUGGAUUCGAUGGUUCAAAUCGUUUAAGCAGCGCUGAAAUCCUUCGAAUUGGAAGUGCGCAUACUGUAAACGUUGAACCAAUGCCAAUAGCACGGUCAAAUUUUGCAAUGUGCAGAAUGGGACAAUAUUUCUAUGCAAUUGGCGGUUACAAUACAAUGGUAACUAAAACGGUGGUACGUUUUGAUGGUAAAAAAUGGGAACAAAUUUGUGAUAUAACACUUGCGCGUAGCGCUUUACGUGUGGUACUUCUGAAAGCGUGGCCUGACCCGAUUCAAUUACUUCAUGAUGCAAGUGAAGAUUCAAAAGAUGAGAAUAAUUCUUUAUGUAAUUUGGAAUUUUUAACAUCUCAAGAAACUAAUAGUUUUGAAAUAACUGCCGCAAGUGACAAUUUAGAUUGA